AUGCCUUUGCAAAAAACACUAUCCGACCAGGGCGCCCUAAGGACACACACGCGUAAACAACAAUGGCGUCGCUCAGAAAGCCACCCGGCCGCUGCUCGGCAGUCCUCGAGGCCACUGCCUCUCGUGUCGGCGGCAACCAAAACCAAGUUGACCAAGUUUCGAUUCGAGGAGCCGAAUGUCGCCACCACGACCGAGUCUAGCCUUCCAGCAAUGAGGCGCGGGGCCCUCACCACCACCGAGGACGGAUCCGACAAGGAGAAUCAUGAGGCAGACUCGGCAGGGUCCAGUGGAAAGCCUCGUCCGCAUGCCCUGACAUCGCUACCGCCCGGGGUGGCAACCACGCCGGUAGCGAAGCUGGCAUGGCAGGACCUCGUCCGCAUGGGCGAGGUUAACACAAUAGAGGAGCAGGAAGAGACAUCGCCAAGCGACAAACUACUGUGGGAUAAGCCUUACGACCCGGAAGACUCUUUCAUCUCCCCUCUGCUGCCCCGAAAAGGCGCAAAGAGGGCAAGGAGCUCCUCGCCCGUUUCCUCGCCAGCAAGCCCGAACUUCGACACUCCCCUUGUCAACGUCAAGGGCUUGACAAGCGCGCUGAGGUCGCCUCGCGCAGAUCCGGCCAUGGACCUGUGGGAUAGGUUCUCCACGGGCAGGACCUCCAAAAACACCCCCCUUGGGGCCGCCGACCCGGCCCUUGCUCACCUCUUUGUUGCAUCAUCGCCUCGCCCAGCAAAGGGCGCCGCCGCAGCCUUAUCCGAUAGCAGCCUUCGCAGAGCCGCUAGCUGCGGUAACAACUGGCCGAAACGCCGCAGGAUCGGCAACUCGACUGUGGAUUCUCCGACGAGCCGCCUCAGGCAUGCGGCAUACCCGGACUCCAAGUCGUCGCUAGUGUCGGACCUGCUUGAGACCGUGACCGGGGAGCUCGAGAAGUCCAACGCCAGCCAGCACCGCGAGAUGAUGCAGCGAUCACCCUCGCCCGAGAAGCGCCGCGCGUCUCCGACGAGACAACGGCCGGCCGAGGGCGCCGAUGUGCCCGCUUUCAAAUUGCCCACGAAGCCGCCAUCGAGCUCGAGUGAUACCGCUCUUGAGGAGGACGAGACCGAAAAGCCAGUCGACAAAUCUUCAGACUAUGGAGACGACGACUUUGACGAUGACACCCUUAUGGAGCUGGAUUCCACUGUGGGCGGCGCAAAAGCAACCGUGCCGCCCCCUGAACCCGCACCCCGCGCUCAACCCGCGCCCCCAGCGAUCCAGAGACCGAAGCAAAGCUUGAGUGCCUCUGCAGAUUUCGAUGACGACGACUUUGACGACUUGGACGACGACCUUUUCAGCGCGGCAGAGACACUGAUGACCCAGAUAGAGUCGAAGCCACCACCGCAAUGUCCGCCACAAAACCUAUCCGCAUGUGGGGGGCCACGACCAAUCCAGACCACGAAAGCCCAGACGAUAUCGCACGCCCGGGGCAAGAACAACCACCCAAGUAGCGGGCAUGGCGGCGGUGGUGGUGCGGCUGACAAGGAAGGGGAGGACGCGUACGGAGAUGAUUUUGAUGGCGACUUCGAUUUUGAUGCUGUAGAGCUGGCCGCCACGCAGUCGGCGAGGCAGCCAGCGGCAGCGAAAACCACCGCAUCAACGGCAGCCAGACCAGCGAGGGCGACAGGGGCCGCCUCGUCUUUGCCGUUUACAAAUCCCAGCCAAAAGCCCCGAGCGAUCCAACGAUACCUGGUGACACGCGUUCUCGAUGCCUCGUACGUUGAUGACAAUCAUCGUGAGAAGCCGGAAAGGAUACUUGUUGUUCGAGCGGAGAGAACGAACUUUGACCAAGUCGUCCACCUCCGGGAAGACUGGCUGGAGACUCCAGCAACAGUCGACUCAUACGUCCAUGUGAUUGGAGAGUUUGAGGAGUCGGGCAUGUGUGUGGUCGACAACUCCCACAACAUGCUUAUCCUCCACCCCGACCAACUGAUCUCGGCUACGGUGGUUGCAGACUCUUUCGGCUGUAUCCGCCGGGCCGUCUUGCAGGAUAGAGUCAAGGCUACGGGCGAGGCAUCCGCGCCCAUGGUUUACGGCACAAUGCUUCACGAGAUCUUCCAGGAGGCGCUGAUGGCCAACAAAUGGGAUUCCCAGUUCCUUGCUGCUGUUGUCGACACAAACAUGGAGCGCCACCUCGAAGACUUGUAUGUCAUCAAAGUCAGCCUCGCCGACGCGCGCGAGCAUCUGCUAUCAAAGAUGAAGGAGAUGAGACAAUGGGCCGAAUCCUUCGUCUCGGCCUUUCCCAGGUCGGACGCAGUUGUCCAGGGCCGCCACGGCGACAAGGCCAACAUGUGCGUCAGCAAGCUCCUAGACGUCGAGGAGCACGUGUGGUCUCCCAUGUACGGGCUCAAAGGCAACAUCGACGCCACGGUACAGGUGACAAUGCGAGAUGGCAACGACCGCCGCACAUUGACGGUGCCGUUCGAGGUGAAGACUGGAAAAAACGUCGUCGCCAACCACCAGGCGCAGACGGCGCUCUACAACCUGCUGCUCUCGGACCGCUACGACAUUGAGAUUGUGUUCGGCGUGCUGUACUACAUGGAGACGUCGCAGACCAUGCGCAUCCCCGCGGUCCGCCACGAGCUGCGGCACAUGAUCAUGCAGCGCAACCAGCUAGCCUGCUACGCCCGCGAGCGGAGCGUGCAGCUGCCGCCCAUGAAGAAGGCCAAGAACAUGUGCGGCAGGUGCUACGCCCAGACAUCCUGCUUCAUCUACCACAAACUUGCCGACGAUGGCGACGGCGAGACGAGCGGUAUGGAGGCCAAGUUCGACGAGGUGGUCAAGCACCUCUCGACAACGCACAAGGAAUUCUUCCUCAAAUGGGAGGACCUGCUCACCAAGGAGGAGAGGGAGAGCCAGAAGCUCCGCCGAGAGCUGUGGACCAUGCUCAGUAGCGAGCGCGAGAAGCUCGGUCGCUGCUUCGGCAACGUGGUCAUCGAGCCAGGGUCGGCAGUCGAGGACAAGGACACCCCCAAGAUCAACCGGUUCCAGUACACCUUUGUCAAGGACAACGCGGGCCCCGCCUUCUCGUUCCUGGAGUCGCAGCUUGCAGUGGGCGAGCCCAUUGUUGUGUCGGACGAGCAGGGCCACUUUGCGCUGGCCCUGGGAUUUGUAACGGCAGUCAGGAAGCGGAGGAUCACGGUUGCCGUCGACAGGCGGCUCCACAACUCGAGGAUCCGUCAGCCGGGCUUCGACGAGGUCAACAACCAGGUCUUUGCUAGCAUCAUGGAGGUUGGACCUGCCGGCACCGCAGACUCCCAGCAGUCACAGAGCACGACGCCGUCGAUACGGUACCGGCUGGACAAGGAUGAGUUCAGCAGCGGCAUGGCGACGGUGCGGAACAACCUUGUGCAUGUCAUGUCGAACGGCCUGUUCGGCUCUCGGGAGAUUCGACGGCUCGUCGUGGAUCUGGAGGCGCCGACGUUCAAGUCGGCGCCAACUCAGUACGAGAUCACGGGCAAAGAAAGUCUCAACAGCGACCAACAAAAGGCCAUCGAGAAGGUCAUGGGUGCGAAGGACUAUGCACUGGUUCUUGGGAUGCCGGGCACGGGCAAAACAACGACCAUCGCGCACAUUAUCCGCGCCCUCCACCGCCAAGGCAAGAGCGUCCUGCUUGCCUCGUACACGCACAGCGCGGUCGACAACAUCUUGCUCAAGCUCAAGAAGGACAAUAUGCAGAUCCUGCGGCUUGGGGCUCCUGCAAAGGUCCAUCCAGAGGUGCAGGAGUUUGCCACGCUCGCGGCACAGCCAAAGAAGUCGUUUGAGGAGAUCCGCAGCGCUUGGCACGACUCUCCCGUGGUUGCGACAACGUGCCUCGGUGUCAACCACGCCGUGUUCAACGAGCGCACAUUCGACUACUGCAUCGUCGACGAGGCAUCGCAAAUCACUCUGCCCGUGUGCCUGGGCCCUAUCCGGAUGGCGCGCACGUUUGUGCUUGUCGGAGACCACAACCAGCUGCCGCCUCUUGUGCAGAACGAGGAAGCUCGUCGUGGAGGCCUGGACGUCAGCCUCUUCAAGCUGCUGUCCGACACGCACCCGGACUCGGUGGUCAACCUCGAGCAUCAGUACCGCAUGUGCGAGGACAUCAUGACGCUAAGCAACACCUUGAUCUACAAUGGACGCCUGAAGUGCGGGACCAAGGAGCUGCGCUUCCACAAGCUCCAUGUGCCCGACCCCGCAGCGCUGACCCGCCACCACUAUGACGCGUCGUCCUUCCUCGCCCUAUCAAAGUCGCAGCCAGCAGCCGCGGUGCCCAAGUCUUUCUGCACAGGCGGCGCGGGGUGCUGGCUGGGGCACUUGCUAGAUCCGGAGACGCGGGUGGCGUUUGUCAACACGGACGCGCUGCCCGACAACCGUGAGGAGGCCAAAGGCAACCGGAUCGUGAACCCAGUGGAGGCGCAGCUGGUGGUGCAGUUGGUCGAGGCGCUCAUGACGGUCGGGGUGCCGGCGUCAGAGAUCGGCGUCAUGACGCACUACCGGUCGCAGCUGGCGCUGCUCAGGCACAAGCUACACCGAGGGAGCAGCCGGCCGGGCCAGGCUGCGGCGGUGGAGAUGCACACGGCAGACCGGUUCCAGGGCCGCGACAAGGAGGUGGUGGUGCUCAGCCUGGUGCGCAACAACGAGGAUUGCAAAAUCGGCGAGCUGCUGCGCGACUGGCGGCGCAUCAACGUGGCCUUCACGCGCGCCAAGACCAAGCUCCUCGUCAUCGGCAGCCUCGAGACGCUCCAGGGCUGCGGCGCCGACCAGAUGCUGAGUCGCUUCGUCCAGCUCAUGAAUGACCGCCACUGGAUCUGCAACCUGCCCGCCGACGCGCUGUCGGCACACGUGUUCGACGACGGCGCCGGGGUUGCGGCGACGGGGACCACGGCCUUUGGCUCACCGCCGGCGGCCAGGACGGCGGCCAGGCGGACGCCCAAGAAGCGCAUAUCCCCCGGGGGCGGUAGUGGGUGGCAACAGGUCUCGCCGACGACUGCCGCCGCUCCGAACCGCAAGGAAAACGCGCCGCUGGUGCCACAGGGGCGCGGGCCGAGAAAGGCCAAUAUUGGGGAGAGGGCGCUCAUGCAGGGCAAGCCCCUGCUCCGGGACAUACUCAACGACAUGAUGCCGGCUGGCGGCUAUUAG